GCCAGCGCCUCCGGAAUGUGGCGGCUCACAAGCCUCCUGCUGUUCGUGGCCACCUGGGGAAUUUCCGGCACACCAGCUCCUCUUGACUCAGUGUUCUCCAGCAGCGAGCGUGCCCACCAGGUGCUGCGGAUCCGCAAACGUGCCAACUCCUUCCUGGAGGAGCUCCGUCCCAACAGCCUGGAGCGGGAGUGCAUAGAGGAGAUCUGUGACUUCGAGGAGGCCAAGGAAAUUUUCCAAAAUGUGGAUGACACACUGGCCUUCUGGUCCAAGCACGUCGACGGUGACCAGUGCUUAGUCUUGCCCUUGGAGCACCCGUGUGCCAGCCUGUGCUGCGGGCACGGCACGUGCAUCGACGGCAUUGGCAGCUUCAGCUGCGACUGCCGCAGCGGCUGGGAGGGCCGCUUCUGCCAGCGCGGUGAGGGGGAGAGCGGGGCGCGGGCGGGCGGCGGGGCGGGGCUGGGGCCGGGUUGGGGGCGCGGCACCAGCGCCAGCUGCCCGCGCCCUCCCCUGCCCACAGAGGUGAGCUUCCUCAAUUGCUCGCUGGACAACGGCGGCUGCACGCAUUACUGCCUAGAGGAGGUGGGCUGGCGGCGCUGUAGCUGCGCGCCCGGCUACAAGCUGGGGGACGACCUCCUGCAGUGUCAGCCCGCAGUGAAGUUCCCUUGUGGGAGGCCCUGGAAGCGGAUGGAGAAGAAGCGCAGUCACCUGAAACGAGACACAGAAGACCAAGAAGACCAAGUAGAUCCGCGGCUCAUUGAUGGGAAGAUGACCAGGCGGGGAGACAGCCCCUGGCAGGUGGUCCUGCUGGACUCAAAGAAGAAGCUGGCCUGCGGGGCAGUGCUCAUCCACCCCUCCUGGGUGCUGACAGCGGCCCACUGCAUGGAUGAGUCCAGGAAGCUCCUUGUCAGGCUUGGAGAGUAUGACCUGCGGCGCUGGGAGAAGUGGGAGCUGGACCUGGACAUCGAGGAGGUCUUCGUCCACCCCAACUACAGCAAGAGCACCACCGACAAUGACAUCGCGCUGCUGCGCCUGGCCCAGCCUGCCACCCUCUCGCAGACCAUAGUGCCCAUCUGCCUCCCGGACAGUGGCCUUGCAGAGCGCGAGCUCAAUCAGGCCGGCCAGGAGACCCUUGUGACGGGCUGGGGCUACCACAGCAGCCGAGAGAAGGAGGCCAAGAGAAACCGCACCUUCGUCCUCAACUUCAUCAAGAUUCCCGUGGUCCCGCACAAUGAGUGCAGCAAGGUCAUGAGCAACAUGGUGUCUGAGAACAUGCUGUGUGCGGGCAUCCUCGGGGACCGGCAGGACGCCUGCGAGGGCGACAGUGGGGGGCCCAUGGUCGCCUCCUUCCACGGCACCUGGUUCCUGGUGGGCCUGGUGAGCUGGGGUGAGGGCUGUGGGCUCCUUCACAACUACGGCGUUUACACCAAAGUCAGCCGCUACCUCGACUGGAUCCACGGGCACAUCAGAGACAAGGAAGCCCCCCCGAAGAGCUGGGCACCUUAGCGACCCUCCCGGCGGGGCUGGGCUUUUGCGUGGCAAUGGAUGGGACAUUAAAGGGACAUGUAACAAGCACACCGGCCUGCUGUUCUGUCUGUCUGUUACUUCCCUCUUUUGGGCUCUUCUGGAGGGAAGUAACAUUUACUGAGCACCUAUUGUAUGUCACAUGCCUUAUGAAUAGAAUCUUAACUCCUAGAGCAACUCUGUGGGGUGUGGAGGAGCAGAUCCAAGUUUUGCGGGGUCUAAAGCUGUGUGUGUUGGGGGGGAUACUCUGUUUAUGAAAAACAAUAAAAAACACAACCACGAACCCGCCAGAGCCUUUUCCAGGGCUUUGGGAAGAGCCUGUGCGAGCCGGGGA